GGCGCGGGCUUCUCUGGCCUCCUGUCCACCUGAGCAACCUGGAGCUUCACUGUGCCCAAAGGCGUUCAGAUGGCCCAGACCACACCCAGCCAUGCAUGGCUGAUCUCUCCGAAGAACAAAGGGGGAAACUUCGGGCCCAACCAAGGUGGAACUUGAACGCAGGUCUUCCUGCCCACCGCCCCUCCACAGCCGCGACCCUGCCUGCGUGUCUUUGUGCUGGGCGCCGGUCCGGCCCCGCCCUCGGGCUCCCACGCGGCCCCCACCUGACCUGACCCGUGCGCGGUGGGCGGAGUGGGACCCAGCGGGCGCAAACGCAGCACUUUCCGCGGCUUUGAGAAGCCGGUGACUGCGGGGCCCCAGGGCUGAGCGCACAGCAGCACCGAGACAGCGCUAUGCAGGAAGCGCUGGCCGAGCCACGCACGGAGCCCGGCCCCAGCCCGGUGCCAGCUUUCCUCAGCAAGCUAUGGGCGCUGGUGGGCGAUCCGGGCACCGACCACCUGAUCCGAUGGAGCCCGAGCGGGACCAGCUUUCUUGUCAGCGACCAGAGCUGCUUCGCCAAGGAAGUGCUGCCCCAAUACUUCAAGCACAGCAACAUGGCAAGCUUCGUGAGGCAACUCAACAUGUACGGUUUUCGGAAGGUGGUGAGCAUGGAGCAGGGCGGCCUGCUCAGGCCGGAGCGCGACCAUGUGGAGUUCCAGCACCCGAGUUUUGUGCGUGGCCAUGAACAGCUGCUGGAACGUGUGCGGCGCAAGGUGCCCUCGCUGCGCAGUGAGGACGGCCGCUGGCGCCCCGAGGACCUGAGCCGGUUUCUGGGCGAAGUGCAAGCUUUGCAGGGAGUGCAGGAGAGUGCCGAGGCCCGGCUGAGGGAGCUCAGGCGGCAGAACGAGAUAUUAUGGAGGGAGGUAGUGACCCUGCAGCAGUGCCACAGCCAACAGCACAAGGUCAUCAGCAAGCUAAUCCAGUGCCUCUUUGGGCCACUUCAGGCUGUGUCCAGCAGCACGGGCGUUAAGAGAAAGCUGUCCCUGAUGCUGGAUGAGGGGAGUUCAUGCCCAACACCGGCCAAAUUCAGUACCUGCCCCCUACCUGAAGCCCUCCUGCAGGAUUCCUGCUUUAUACAGUUGCCCCUCCCAGAGACCAGCCUGGGCCUCAGCAGUCCUUACAGGGCAAGAAGCCCCAUCAUCUCUGACAUCCUGCAAGGCUCUCCAUCACCUGAAGGGACCAGGCUUUUUCCCUGCAGUGCUGGUAGGGGGGAGAAGGGCCUGGCACUGCUCAAGGAAGAACCAGCUAGCCCAGGGCUGGAAGGCCAGGCCGGGCUGGCUCUGGCCCCAAAGGAGUGUGACUUCUAUGCGACAGCACCCCCACUGCUGCCUGUGGCUGUGGUGCAGGCCAUCCUGGAAGGGAAAGAGAGCUUCAGCCCUGAGGGACCCGGGAAUGCCCAAGAGCCCGAGCCAAGGAGUGCCAGGGAGGUCCCUGAGAGGGGAUGGCUGGGCCUGGAGAGCAGAGAGCAGAGCCCAGAGAGUCUGCUGCCUCACAUGUUGCUUCUGGCUCCCCCUGAAAGUGUGGCACCUGCAGGACCCCUAGAUGUGCUGGGCCCCAGCCUCCAAGGGCGAGAAUGCACCCUGGACACUGAGUUGUCCCUGGCUCCCCAGUUCUCCUCUCCAGCUGGUUCCUGGGGUUCUCACAUGCAGAUGCAACCCUUGGUUCCAGAGAGGGAUGAGGAGACUGAGUUGGCAAUCAAAGGGUUGACUUCUCUAGGUAAUGGGAAGGACUCCACACCCGGGACACCACCCCUGCUGGAUGUCCAAGCAGCUUUCGGAGGCCCAGCCUUUGGCCUCCUGGAGCUUUAAGUCAUUUACAGCACCCCCAUGAGCCUGCCUCCUACCUGGCCCAGCUCUCUCUCAGAGGCCAGCAGGCUGAGGGACUCUGGCCUGCCUCAGCUCGCCCUUCUCCGCUUUCUGGCGCCCCCUGGAGGAGGCUUCGCGAAGUCCCAGCUACUUGGCUGUCCCUCUCCAUUACCAAGCCCUGCACAUAAACUGCUUUUCUUUUCUUUUCUUUUUUUCUUUCUUUCUUCUAUGUCUCUGGUCUUUUUUUUUCUUUACCUAUCAAGGAGAGACCAUGGUUUCUGAUGGGUGUGGGGAGUGACUUUACAUUCGUGGAAACAUUGGGGUCCUUGAGCCUUAAUGAAGGAACCUUUGGAGAGUGUAGGUGUUUGGGUCACCAUCUCCCAGUUCUGCUAGGGCCCUGCCUGAUGCUCCUGGCUGCAUCCAAGGCAGCGUGUAGCCAACACAACCUCCAGGAGAAGGGGACUUUUGGGUCACAGUUCUGCAAAGCAUCCACUUUGUGAACCUGGGUAAGCUGGUCCCCUUCUCUGAGCCUCACCCGUGACAGGCAAGAGGGAUCCACCAUAGAAUAGGCGGAAAGCACCUGGGAAUUGCCAGGCCCAGAGUAGGCACUGGGUACUUGGGGAGCAAGAUGAGCUGCCCCCUCCCUGACUCACCCG